GCGAGGCCUUACAGAAACAAAUCUAGGAGAAACAACUCCCAGAGAAUAAAAAAUCAUCAAAGCUGGUUUCGCAAGGCCAUCCACACACCUAUUAGAUUCUGGGUAGAUGUUGAUGAUAUUGACAUUCCAAAACAUUUCUGAUAGCAGCAAUUAAUCUUGAACUUCCUUUGAUGGCAUCCACAUGCCUGCAAUGAUUGACAGAGUUCCGGUACUCCUUUCCAUACAAAUUAGAUUGCUGCCAAAUAAAAAUUCCCAGCUACAAAGGAAUCAUUAAAUAUGUUAAGACUUGUCCAAUACUGCAACUCAGAAGUAAAAAUGUUUCAUUCUCUCACUCCACUGAUCCUCCCCCUGCAACAAAUCUCUAAUAGUCAGUCACUAGCCACCGAUAAAUUCCCCAUCCUCUUAUCUUCACCAUCUGAAGCAGAAGGAGCUCAGAUAGCGAGGAUUUUUAGUGCCACCUCUUCUGAAUGAGAUUAACGCUUCCGCGAUUGAUGAUGGGGGCUACUCCAGAGGCGAACGGAAAUGUCGCGGACGAAGAAAACGGGAGCAACGUCUGUGGCUCAAUCGAUUUCGGCACGGCGGAGGCCGUCGAAUACGUUCGCUCCCUCACCGACGUUGGCGCCAUGACGCGCCUCCUUCACGAAUGCAUCGCUCACCAGAGAGCGGUGGACGUUGAACUCGACGAGCUUCUGUCGCAGCGCACCGACCUCGACCGCCACCUCCUCCAGCUCCAGCGCUCCUCCGACGUCCUCGACAUCGUCAACUCCGACGCCGACUACAUGCUCUCCAACGUCGCCUCCACCUCCGACCUCGCCGACCAGGUCAGCCGCAAGGUCCGCGAGCUUGAUCUAGCCCAGUCGCGCGUCCGCAACACGCUCCUCCGCAUCGACGCCAUCGUCGAACGCGCCAACUCCCUCGAAGGCGUCCACCGCGCCCUCGAGGCCGAGGACUACGAGUCCGCCGCCCUCUACGUCCAGACUUUCCUCCAGAUCGACGCCCAGUACAAGGAUUCCGGCUCCGAUCAGCUUCAGAGGGAUCGCUUGUUGGCUGCCAAGAAGCAGUUGGAAGGAAUUGUAAGGAAGAAGCUCUCCGCCGCCGUCGAUCAGCGCGACCACCCCGCCAUUCUCAGAUUCAUUCGGCUCUUCACACCACUGGGUGUGGAGGAGGAGGGUUUGCAGGUGUAUGUUGGGUACUUGAAGAAGGUGGUUGCAAUGAGGUCGAGAAUGGAGUUUGAGCAGUUGGUAGAGAUGAUGGAUCAGCAGAAUGUGAAUUUUGUUAGGUGUUUGACCAAUUUGUUUAAGGACAUUGUGUUGGCAAUUGAGGAGAAUAGUGAGAUCUUGAGUGGUCUUUGUGGGGAGGAUGGUAUUGUGUAUGCCAUCUGUGAGCUUCAGGAGGAGUGUGAUUCUCGCGGUUCGGUGAUUUUGAACAAGUACAUGGAGUAUAGGCAGUUGGCUAAGUUGUCCUCUGAGAUAAAUGCACACAACACCAAUUUGCUUGCUGUUGGAGGAGGUCCUGAGGGUCCUGACCCACGGGAGGUUGAGUUGUAUUUGGAAGAGAUUCUCUCCCUUAUGCAGCUUGGUGAGGAUUACACUGAGUUCAUGAUUUCCAAGAUCAAAGCACUUACUUCUGUUGACCCCGAAUUGCUUCCUCGCGCCACCAAGGCUUUCCGAAGUGGCAGUUUCAGCAAGGUGGCACAGGAUUUAACCGGCUUUUACGUCAUUUUGGAGGGAUUUUUCAUGGUGGAGAAUGUUAGGAAGGCGAUAAAGAUCGAUGAACACAUGCCUGACAGCCUUACUUCUUCUAUGGUGGAUGAUGUGUUUUAUGUAUUGCAGAGUUGCCUGCGGAGGGCAAUAUCCACUUCCAAUAUCAGUUCUGUUGUCGCAGUUUUGAGUGGUGCUAGUAGUUUGCUCGGUAAUGAAUAUCAUGAAGCUUUGCAGCACAAAACUAGAGAGCCAAACCUUGGUGCAAAGUUGUUCUUUGGUGGUGUUGGCGUGCAAAAAACAGGGACCGAAAUUGCAACAGCUUUGAAUAAUAUGGAUGUUAGCAGUGAAUAUGUUCUGAAGCUAAAACAUGAAAUUGAAGAACAGUGUGCUGAGGUAUUUCCUGCACCAGCUGAUCGAGAAAAGGUAAAAUCUUGUUUGACUGAGUUGGCAGAUAGUAGCAAUGCUUUCAAGCAAGCUUUGAAUGCUGGCAUAGAACAACUUGUGGCAACCAUUACACCUCGCAUUAGACCGUUAUUAGACAGUGUAGGAACAAUCAGCUAUGAGCUUUCAGAGGCUGAGUAUGCAGAUAAUGAGGUGAAUGACCCAUGGGUUCAGAGACUUCUCUAUGCCGUUGAGUCAAAUGUGGCAUGGCUGCAGCCACUAAUGACUGCUAACAAUUAUGACACGUUUGUUCAUUUGAUUAUUGACUUCAUUGUGAAAAGGCUAGAAGUCAUUAUGAUGCAGAAAAGAUUUAGUCAGCUAGGUGGUCUUCAGCUUGACCGAGAUGCUAGAGCUUUGGUAAGCCGUUUCAGUGUCAUGACACAGAGAACUGUUAGAGACAAGUUUGCACGUCUUACUCAAAUGGCAACAAUUCUAAAUUUAGAAAAGGUUUCUGAGAUUCUAGAUUUCUGGGGUGAGAACUCUGGACCUAUGACCUGGAGAUUAACUCCAGCAGAGGUUAGGCGUGUAUUGGGUCUGCGAGUUGAUUUUAAAUCAGAAGCAAUAGUUGCUCUGAAGUUGUAAUAUCCGUUUAUAUCGUCUCUUCACAUUCUUUUUUUUUUUGUUCUACUUUUUUUUUAAUUUUGUCUGAUAAGUAUUACAUCUUCAUUCUUACUAUUUUUGCCUUUUUGGUGCUCGGGAAGUUAACAUACAGUUCCAUUGUGCGAUUUGCAUAAACAAAAGAAUAAGCAAGUGUAUUAUUCAGAUUUGCCACCCCAGAGGCCAAGAUAGCACGCUUAUAUAAAGAGCAUGAUGUGUGAAA